CGACUUUGAUAAUCUUUCUGGUCCAGAGCUAGGGCAGAAAUGAUCAGAGAUUGUAUCAGACAUAUUUAGGAAAUAAAUUAGAGAUCUUCUCUCCAGUUUUAUCUUAUAUGCAACUAGCAUUUCCUCAUAAAUUAUGCAAAUGAGGCCAUGAUGUGGAUGUUUCAUGAAAAGAUGCACUUUUUAUAUGUUUCUUUAUCUAUCAAGGAUGUGUAAGUUUUACAUGUAUGUAUUUUGUGUAAGGUGUGCCCGAUAUCAGCUAUUGACAUUUAGACAAAACAAUACAUAGUGAUGACGCACUCAAGCGAUUUGAAAUAAUUCUGUUUACGGCCCGUUUCUCCUUGUAUAAUUAUAUAAGGUGUGAUAUCACAUCAUAUGCACAUGUACGCAUUUGCAUGAAUUCGUCCAGACUACCAUAUACUAGUUUUCUACUGCCCUGUAUGAACAAGAGUUUACAGUGAUCAAAGCUCAGCUGUACUCUGAUCAACGGUCUAAACUCUGUUUACUUUAACGUCAACCUUUCACCUUUAUAUACGCAAACAACCGCCGGAAAAACACUGCCCUGUUGAACAGGCUGUUUCUUUGAAGAAAUCUGCAUUUUCUCUUUUAAACAAUGAUGUUGAACGGCAUAGUCGUGGUUGUUGUUUGUGUGUGCUUGGUGACGGGUGUGGGGUCGGUAGUACCCGUGUCUGACAUUCAGAACUGCCGCUACACUGGAGCAGACGGGAAUGUGUACGAUCUAUCCCCACUUAUAGCAAAGAGCGGUGCGUACGUGUUUGACACCCUGUCCUACAACAUUAACGGUUACAACAUCCUGUCUCCUGACGAGAGUGGACUGAAUGAGUCCAAGUACACCUACCAUCUACAGAUCUGCCGGAACGUUACAAACCCGCCGCAGGGGUGUAAGGGCAGCUCACCUAUCUUCAGGGUCGACAUCGGACUACACUGUGCGUCCCUGGGAAACAUAGAUGCCGCCAUAUUUGAGAUCAAUCCACUGCCGAGGAACGACGGUGUGCACCUGCUGUAUUACCACGGUGACCUGGUGGACGGAAGCCGUCUCCAGCGGUACCACUCUUCUAUCUACUUCGUCUGUAACAACAGGUCGGAGACCGGGCCUCUGUUCGAGCAUCAGACAGACUUCUACCAGAGCCACUUCGUCUUCCAAACCAUACAUGCUUGCAGGCCUUAAACACUUCAUAUAUCACUGUAGGUAUUGAGCCUGUGGUACACAAUCUCUUGCUGUCAGGGGUCUCCUCCC